CCUCGAGAUACUAACGCAGUAGGAAUUAUUUGAUUUAACCGCAAAGGCUCACCUAUUUAAUUCUAGUUUGAAACAUGGGAACAAUGUUGUCAUGAAUUCGCCUGAAUGGUGAAGAUAAAGGAGUCCGGUGUGGAAUUUAUCCAGCGACAGAAUAAUAACGUCUUUUUCCCGACUUUUACUCAGUGUGGCCUAAGAUUGGGAGCGAAAUACCUCUCUGCACUGGAGGAAGAAGCCUAGAUGCCUCAGAAAUGUGAAACCAUAAGUUACUGUAGUCCGACCCCUUAUAGGGACCCACGGAAACGAGCCUCCAAUUUGCAGCACAUCUGGAGGUUUACUACAAUGCACCUUAAGCCAUACCCCAAGCCACAGGAUAAGGAGCUUCACAAGGAUGGAGGGCAAACAGGCAGAAGAAAUCUUCUCAUGGGCCAGCGAGUACUUGGAACCGAGUGGGGUGUUCGCCAAGCAUGCAGCCCUUUGCACUUGCCUGGCAACGGCACAGUUAACCGGUGCCCCCUCAGUGUCAUCACCAAUACUUUCUGCUGUCCCACUAAUAUUAACAGCACCCCACCCACUAAAGCAAAUGGGGAUUGCUCCAGCUCAUGGAACCACAAUAGCAAGACACCCUCAUCUGUCACUACAUUUACUAGUUCUCUAGUUCUGCUUUCACCCUCAACUGAUUUGGAAAACGAGGACUCGCUAAAAAUUAUUCAGGGAGAGGAUGAAGAGGGAUCUUUAGACAUAUGGGCUGUCAUUAAACCUGGAAACACCAAGGAGAAGAUUGCAUUAUUUACUGCGCAGAGAUCUAGCCAUGCUGGUGCAGGUAGCAGUGAUGAGGAUUCAGAGAGAGGGGGGAUUACAUUAGAUUUGCGAAUGGCCUCGAUGAAAAGCAAAGGUUGCUGGGAUGGUGACUGGUCUGUGGAAAAGCGCAGAAAAAGGUCUGGAAACCCAGACAAAUCAAAAUGCAUUACACCUACUGUACAAAAACUUGAAUUUAGUCCAGCAACUUUGAACCCAAACAAAAGAAUCUCUGCUGCAGUGGGAGAAAUAAUGAAAACAAAUGAAGAGGAUGAAAAGAUGCCUUCUGUGGUUGAAAUGGUAGCAUAUUUAGAGCAGAGGUCUAGCGAUCAGCAGGUAGAUUUAAAACGGUCUUCACUUCGAAGCUCCAGCACAGUCAGUUUGUCUAAAGGAGUUUCCCUGCUUCAGCCAGCUGAGCAGCCAGACCUGCCAGAGGGUCAAGAGGAGGAGGAAGAGGAAUCGGUGCGGGUGCUGGACAUGGUUGCCAAGUUGGAAUCACAGUGCUUAAGCAGACAAAGCAUCAAAGAAGGAGGAGUCCUCUCGCGCAGCAACAGUCUACGAAGAAGGGUGGGACGUGUUUUGCUAGCAGGAUCUGAACCAUACUCUGUGCUCUUGCCUCCAGCAUUGCCUAGCCUUUUUAAGGUCAAGCGAAUAAAUAGUGAUCCAGAGAAACAGGCUGGUAAUGAAGAUGAAACUAAAGCCCUAUCAGAAGCCUGUAAGCCUGUGCAAUCUGGGCAACCAGAGUGUUUUGUCAACAGUGGUAAUCAUCAGGAAGAUAGGAAUGUCACUAUACAGGACACACAUCCAGAAGUGGAUGCAUUAAAAGGCCCAUGCACUACAACUAAUCGGACCUGUGAAGACGUCCAGAAGUGCAGUGAACCUCCUCCAGGCAUGUUGUUUUUUGCCCAGCCCUCCCCACAGGCUCUCCAAGAGCAAACAAAUUUCUUCAAGCAUAGCUUUACAUCUGAGGCUACAGAGGCCUAUUUGAAUAGCCAGAAGAAUGAACAUACAGGAUCACUGCCUCUUGAUCAAACCCUGGGCAGUUCUUCUGCUGUAGAAUCCUUCAGCAACAAGAACAUGGAUAAGCUGAGGGUUAAUCAUGAUGAUGAAAAAACAGCAGACAAAGACAUGAGUGUAGUCUGCAGAGGUCCUGUGCCUUUACGUCGCCUAGUGUCUCUUGAGUUUUUGGAGACCCGCUUUAAGAUUCAGCUCCUCUUGGAGCCCCAGCAGUACAUGGCCUUUCUGCCACAUCACAUCAUUGUCAAGAUAUUUAGUUUGCUGCCUACUGAAAGCCUGGCUGCACUUAAAUGCACUUGCCAGUACUUCAAAUUUAUCAUCGAAAGUUAUGGUGUGCGACCAGCUGAUUCUCGUUGGGUCAGUGAUCCACGCUACAAAGAUGAUCCCUGCAAGCAAUGUAAAAGGCGCUAUGACCGAGGUGAUGUGUCACUUUGUCGUUGGCAUCAUAAGCCCUACUGCCAGGCAUUGCCCUAUGGCCCUGGCUAUUGGAUGUGCUGCAGGGGGGCUCACAAAGACACACCUGGCUGCAAUGUGGGACUCCAUGACAACCGGUGGGUUCCUGCCUUUCAUAGUAUCAGUAUGCCAAUUUAUAGAAAAAGCAGAGACCGUGAAGAUUCUGUGUAAUAUAUGAGGUUUUUCUUUUUUUUUUUUGUAAGGGCUGUGUCUUCGUGUGGCUUUGACAUGUGGACAAAGUGAUAAUUGUGCCUCUGUGCUGCCAUAUGAGCAUGUGCUUUUGUACAUUGAAUCUGCUUGCAUCCAGACUGCUGAAACUAACCUAAAUAGAUUGCUGUACUUUUGCCUUUUAGCUUCUUUGGACAACCACCAAUUUAUUUAUAGAUCCUCAGGUCCUAAAGUUGAUCUGCACUUUAACCUGGCUGACUUCUUGCAACUGUCAGGGUACUUUCCAGUUAUUUUACUCUACAACCUGCAUUAAUCCUCCUUUUACUAACUUAUUUUUCUGAAGACAGUUCCUGAUUUAAUUUUGUCAUUUAGAAUACUGCACACAACACCACUUGACUUUAGUGUAAGCAUAACUUGCUUUAUAAUUAAUCCAUUGCUUUGUUCACAAUAGGGAUGUUUGCUUAAAUGGCUUAAAAUACAAUUUUAAUGUUUGUUCCAGUGCACAUCUUGUAUUGUAUAUAUUGUGUCUGGCUGGUCUGAAAAUUUAGUCCAGUUGUUUACAUUGUACAUAAGAGUCAUAUAUAACAGUCAAGAGUAAAUUUAACUGCAAAGAAACACCUUUUUAUGUCUCUGUAUUUCACAUUGCUUGCUCUAGUUUUACAGUGAGUUUUUAUGUUUAACCACUGUAAAUACCAGCAGACCCCUGAGACAAUGCAGUGUUUCUUUCAGGGAAGCAUUUGAUUGUAGGGUGCUGCAUAAUCUUUUUUAGCAACUAAAUAAAUACAAUUUGGAAAAUGAAAAAAAGACAGCAUUCAUGACUAUGGAAAGAGAAUUCUUCUCUAAAGUGCAUUUCAGAGUUUUAAAGAGCUUUAUUGUGUAAUAUCUGUGCUGUUUUUUUUUUGCCUUUUAAGGCAUUUUACGUCAAUAAAGUGUAUUCUUUGAAAAUUUGUAAGCUGCUUUUCUGUUCUGCUCUUAUUCUAAAGACACAUGAUUUGCGAACAUGUAAUUUUACUUACGUAUGCUUGGAAU